AUGGCAGACCUCACCCGCGUCGAGUCGUUCCAGUACCCGUCAGGGCAUUUUGCGCAUCUUUCAGACAACCAGCAGGCACAGCUCAACGAAUUCAAACGCAUAUCCCAGGAGCAAGGAUACUACACGCCCGCCAGCGCAGACGGAACGACGCAGGCGAGUCACGAUGAUGAGACAUUGCUGCGCUUCCUCCGUGCGCGUCGUUUCGUCCCCACCGAGGCCUUCAAGCAGUUCAAGGACACGGAAGACUGGCGUAAAGAACAUGGCAUCAAUGACCUGUUCUUCAACAUCGACGUAGACGAGUUCGAGGCUACGCGCAGACUGUAUCCGCAAUGGCUCGGUCGACGCGACAAGCGCGGCAUUCCAGUCUACCUCUUCGAAGUUGCGCCGCUCAAUUCGAAGAAUAUCUCUUCCUACGAGAAGGAGCUGAAGAACGCGAAAACGACGUCACCAAAAGUAGCGACCAAGAACCUUCGCCUCUUCGCGCUGUACGAGUCGCUAACGCGCUUCGUCCUACCUCUAUGCUCCAACGUCCAACGAAGUCACCCCGAGACCCCUAUUUCGCAAAGUAACAAUAUAGUGGACAUCAGCGGAGUGGGCUUGAAGCAGUUUUGGAACCUAAAAGGGCACAUGCAGGAUGCGUCCACUCUAGCGACGGCACACUACCCAGAGACACUGGACAGGAUAUUCAUCAUUGGUGCACCUGCUUUCUUCCCUACCGUAUGGGGCUGGGUCAAGCGCUGGUUCGACCCCAUCACCGUGUCCAAGAUCUUCAUCCUCUCGCCCGCAAACGUCCUGCCAACCCUAAUUCAGUACAUCGACAUCGAUAACAUCCCCAAGAAGUAUGGCGGCAACCUGGACUUCGAGUGGGGCCAGAUGCCGAAUCUCGAGCCGGGCAUAGACGCAGCGAUCAAAUGGGAGAACCCCAAUGUACAAAACGGCAAGAACACAUUGCCUAUUGGGCCAAUCGCAUGGGAAACUGGCGAGAACGGUGAGCUCAUAGCUGUAGCCGUAGGCCAGGAAAACGCACAACCUCGACAUAGAACCGUCUUCACCAUCCCCAGGCCCAUCAACGGCAAAUCCACCUCCAGCAUGCCUGUGGUCAACACCCCCAUUACCGAGAAAGAACUUGCCCUCACAACAGCCGGAACGCACACGCAACCCGCCGAUUCCGAAGUCCCCAACCCCGAUACCCUGAACCCGCCCUCCGACAGCCCCACACCUUCUUCCACCCCCAAGGUCGCUCCGCAGGCUGACACGUCGGACCUGCCCACCCGUGAGGGUACUUCAGACACGCGCUACGAGCAGCAAGCGCAUACACACGCCUCAGGUCAACUCACAGAAGGCACGCCCGAAUCUGCGGUGAAUGACCACGGCCAUGGUGACAAGACCGUAACAAUGGAGCCCGGCACCGUGGGGCAAGCGCCCAAGGACGUAACAGUGCAGUCUGAGGAACUUCCUGCGCCAGGCUACCUUGACCAGGCGAAGUCUCUUGCUGCGUCUGCCACAGCGACGGUUACGUCGACGGUAGGCUCGGCAGCGGGUGCGGUGACGGGGCUUGUAGGCGGAAAUGGGGAGAAAGUGGAGGAGAAGGCCGAGGAGAAGAAGCCGGAGAAGAGCGAAGAGGAGAAGAGGUUGGAUCGGCAGAUUGACGGGAAGGAAGAGCCUGCUGUGGAGGGGUUUUUGAGGGAGAAGGUUGUUACGGGGGCUUCGCAGUGA